UGUAUGCAUUAAUUGCAUUAAUGAACGUGGAGCCAAAUCAUAAUGAUUUGAAAGCAUACUAUUUAUGAUAGUUAACAGACAAGCAUAGUAGUGUUGCACUAUUUCUAAAGAAGAUGGACAAAAUACUGUAAACGCUUUGUUAAAGGAAUUACUAUUUAUUUGUAUAAGUAGGUUAGUGGUUUCAUUCCGUUGAGUCAGAUAUCACUCAUCUGAACUACAUAUGGCCAGGGUGUGUCAAAUAAAAAACAAAUGCAUUCAUCGAAAAACCAUAGAGCACUUCCGCGACGUCACUUGUGACACGUAUUCAAAAUGGCGGCCACGGCUAUGGAGACGUGGUGGGCCUUGCUGCUGUUGUCCUUCUUACCUGUUGUCUGUCCCUUCUAUGUUCCCGGAGUCGCUCCCCGGGAUUUCCACGAGGGGGACACGGUAGAUCUGAAGGCAGUGAAGCUGACCAGCUCUCGCACCCAGCUUCCUUAUGAAUACUACUCCCUGCCUUUCUGUAAGCCAGACUCUGUAUUCUACAAGGGAGAGAACCUGGGUGAGGUAUUACGUGGGGACCGUAUUGUGAACACCCUCUACAAUGUGGAGAUGAACAAGGAUAGGAAAUGUGAGAUGGUAUGCAACAAGAAAACGCUCAACCUAGAAGAGAGCAAGCUGAUGGCUGAGCGAGUCCAGGAGGAGUAUUAUGUGCACCUUAUUGCAGAUAACCUGCCAGUUGCCACCAGGUUAGAGUUCUAUCCCAACAGAGAGGCAGCCGUGGAGGAGGAGCAGAAGAAAGACGUGGCCAAAGAUGUCCAGUUUGAACACGGCUACAGGCUGGGCUUUGUCGACGGCAACAAGUUUUAUCUGCACAACCACCUGUCCUUCAUCCUGUACUUCCACAGAGAGAAGGUGGAGCAAGAGGAAAUCCACAACUACAGGGUCGUGCGAUUUGAGGUCAUACCCCAAAGUGUGAAAGUAGAUGACCUGAAAGCAGUGGAAAAGGAGAAGACGUGCACCUUGCCUGAGGCCAGUGGCUCCGCCCCUCAGGAGAUUGACCCGACCAAGGAGAACGAGGUCCUCUUCACCUACUCCGUCCACUGGGAGGAGAGCGAGGUGAAGUGGGCGUCUCGAUGGGACACUUACCUGACCAUGAGCGACGUCCAAAUUCACUGGUUCUCCAUCGUCAACUCCGUGGUGGUCGUCUUCUUCCUGUCCGGUAUUCUGAGUAUGAUCAUCAUCCGGACCUUGAGGAAGGACAUUGCUAACUACAACAGAGAGGACGACAUAGAGGACACCAUGGAGGAGUCGGGAUGGAAGAAUGUCCACGGUGACGUCUUCAGGCCGCCCCAGUAUCCCAUGGUCCUCAGCUCUCUGCUGGGCUCGGGGAUCCAGCUCUUUUGCAUGAUCCUCAUUGUCAUAUUUGUUGCCAUGUUGGGCAUGCUGUCUCCAUCCAGUAGAGGAGCCUUGAUGACCACCGCUUGCUUUCUCUUCAUGUUCAUGGGUGUAUUCGGUGGCUACUUCGCCGGCAGACUGUACCGUACACUGAAGGGCCAUCGGUGGAGGAAAGGAGCAUUUUGUACAGCUACUUUGUAUCCCGCCGUGGUGUUUGUAAUCGGCUUCAUCCUCAACUGCUUCAUCUGGGGAGAACACUCCUCUGGGGCCGUCCCCUUCACCACCAUGCUGGCCCUGCUGUGCAUGUGGUUCGGCAUCUCCAUGCCCCUGGUCUACCUGGGCUACUACUUUGGCUUCCGCAAACAGCCUUAUGAUAACCCAGUGCGCACCAACCAGAUCCCCCGGCAGGUCCCGGAGCAGCGCUGGUACAUGAACAAGUUUGUAGGAAUCCUGAUGGCCGGGAUCCUUCCAUUUGGUGCCAUGUUCAUCGAGCUCUUCUUCAUUUUCAGCGCCAUCUGGGAGAAUCAGUUCUAUUACCUCUUUGGCUUCCUGUUUCUGGUCUUCAUCAUCUUGGUGGUGUCCUGCUCUCAGAUCAGCAUCGUAAUGGUUUACUUCCAGCUCUGUGCAGAGGACUACCGGUGGUGGUGGAGAACUUUCCUGGUGUCGGGAGGUUCGGCGUUCUACGUCCUCAUUUACGCCGUCUUCUACUUCAUCAACAAGCUGGACAUCGUGGAGUUCAUCCCCUCCCUCUUGUACUUCGGCUACACGGCCCUGAUGGUGCUGUCGUUCUGGCUGCUAACGGGCACGAUCGGCUUCUACGCAGCGUACAUGUUCAUCAGGAAAAUCUAUGCCGCAGUCAAGAUAGACUGAGUCGUCACUGUCGCUGCUGUUCUCGGUUAUUUUUGUCACAUUCUGUUUUUUGUUAUGUACAUAUUUUUUAUUCUUCAUGUCCAACAAGCACUGACUUGUGUGUCGAGGGAACAUGAGGGGUGCUUUUUACAGCGCAACAGCCCCACCCACUGCCCUCGUGGGGAAGAACAGCAAGGUGGCCGAGCUAAACCGGCUGUCUCUCUCCCUCCCUCCCUCCCCCUCUCUUCUAUCCUCCCCCUCCUCCAUCCAGGACAGAGACUCCGAGGGAAUUGUCCUCCGCUUGGGACAGUCGAUGUCUCCUGCUGUUUCACCUCGCACACAACACAGUGGGCCAAAGCUUGUCAGACGAUGGUUUCUGCACAUUUCUGUUUAGUCUUUCCAUUCGUGUUAUGAGUCUAACUUAUCUGGGAGGGUUUUUAUUUUUGUCAUGGCAGGAUUUAUCUCUGACCUAAUUUCUUCCAAUCAUCUUCUGCAAACGCUAUUUCAUUGUCUUUCCACUGUCUCUGUUUUCAAACGUCGCUUCGUUUCAGUUUCGGAGACAUUGGAGAUCUGGGGGGGCGGGGGGGUCUUGGGGAGUCUAACUGUGGUUAUGGUUUUGAGUUUGUUGUGUUGAACUCGUAUGGAUGGAAAUUAUGCUAGGAAGUUCUGCAUUGUAACACAAGAACGGAUAAAUUAAAUGUUCUAUUAGUUUUACUCCAGUUUCCAUGUCCUGGUGUUGACCACGCUAACCACGACCGUAAGCCAGAUAUUCCCUUCUCCUUCCCGAAACAACGGGUCUCUUUUAAAAGUCCAAAUAUUGGUCCAUUUCCACUCAAUGAUGCAGAACGGCUCUGAAUGGGACUAUGAACCCGAUGCCCUGAAGCAGCGGACUGCUGGGUGAAGCCACUGGAGUUGGAGAAAAGGAAUUAAAAUGACAAGUAGGAGUAACUUUAUUUUCGAAAGACCACAACACAAAUAUGUGUUUGAAGCUUUUCCAGAAGAAACGUACCAAAAAAACAAAAAGAAACGUUUCCGCUCUUUAACCCCACUAUCAGUGUAGCCUUAGCAGUGCUGGGUGCCUGCUGAACUAUGCAGCAAUGGAACGUGCAUUUUAUGAAAGGUUAUUUCAAAGGACCAUUUUUGUUGAGAAAUGAUGCCCAUUUCUUUUAAGUUUGAAUCUGUGUGCUACGUUUUUGUGUCUAUCAUCAGAUCUUUGUUUCUACCGACAGUGGUAGAUGAUUCUCAGUGCUUGGGUGUCUUGGGUUGCAGAGCAUUGAAAUAUAAUCCAGUUUUCUUUUUCUUAAUAGAUCUGUAUAGUAAUGAUGUAUUCUUGAAUUACAGCUCAUGAUUUUUAUUUUUUAUUUUUUCCCCUUUUCAAAUGACAUUUUUGGGUUAACAGCUAAAAAACUUAAAAUUGCAUUUAGAGCAUGGGUGGAACCUGUUAGUUAGACUAGCAAUAUGAGCUAAGGGCUCCCCAUAGACAACCAAUCUAUUUUAAUGUAGCUAAAACAUAUAUAGAUGACAUUAAAGGAAUAGUUUGACAUUUUACGAAAUACACAAGCAAUCCUCACAGAAUACACGAACGUUGAGUUCGUCUGUGUAAGUAGUUUAUUACCACCCAUUGUUCUGUUUGUUUGAAGGCGCCCCCCGGUGGCUGUAACAGUUAUGACUGGAGCGUACGAGGAAGUCCGGUGAUGUGUAAUUCAGAGCGGAAAGUCCACAAAAGGAGUUUGUGGUCGAUGGAUGGGUCAAACAAGAAGGACUUUCACCCAGGAGAUCGGUGUUCGUGUCCAAAAGUCGACACUUUGAGUUCUUUUCAGGUACAGACAGAACCACGUUAGUACGUAACCAUGUCACGUAUGUAAUGUAGAAACUACAUCACAUACUUAUUUCAACCCAAACAUAGACCUAACCAUCUUUAGUAGUUUGUAAGUAGUUACGUUUCUCAACGUGUUUAAAACUGUGACUGCUUCACAACGUAUAUCGUUAACGUGAGUCUACUCUGGUUUCGGUAUGAGGACGUGUUCCAAAUACACUUCUUGGCUUUCCGGCCAAGAGUUAGAUGACAAGAUUGAUACCACUGUCAUUUAUGAUGAUAGCUUUUGACACAGACUGAAACAGCGCUACAGCUAGCCUCGGCCUGCCCAAAGACAAUGAAAUCUAGCCAGUAUAGCUGUUUUCCAAUACUUCCCGUCUUGAUGCUAAGCUACGCUAAUCGGCUGCUGGAGGUUGCUUCAUAUUUACAUCCAACUGGAGGAAUGGGAUUGAGUGUAUUUCCUAAGUAUUCCUUUAAACACAACAUGGGCUGGUCAACAUAAUCCUAACUCUAUUCUACAUCUCAAGCACAGCACUGUUCUUGUUGUCUGCUGCCCUUUGACAGAUAACACGAGCCCAGCAGAACACUACAUCAUUACAAUACAGUUAAUGGGGGGGGGUUACGGGCCGGAUCGGAGUCCCAAAAGAAUAUUCUAAAGACUAAAUUCCAACAAGCCGAGAUGAUGCAUUUUGAUCAAAUAUGCAGGACAUUCUGGGCUCUUGGGUUAAAUAUUUAUUGUAGUCUAUCAUUGUCUUCAUAGCUGACAUCCUACGAGUUUACGUGAAGAAAUGAGGGGCUCAACCCCGAUUCUCCACGCGCUAAACGGUUGAAUGAACGAGUGACUCUUCCUCCUGUGUCCUCUUCUUCGUUCAUCAUAAUUGAGCCAACCCAACACGUGUUGAGCUUCAAAUGAGCUGCUUGAAGAGAGCGAGACGAGCCAGCCUUCAGAGGUUUCCUCAAUUCAAAUGGGUGAACUUGUAUAUUGACUAUUAUACUUUAAUUUAUUUCCACUCCAAUUAGACACACUGAUACCAUCGCCUAUUUACUGCUCUGCCCUCUGUAUUACGUCAAAGAGGCCCUGACACUUGGCUGCUGUCUUACGUAAAGGCAGACGGAUGCGCCCCUCCUGCUUUUGGAAGUGCAUAUGCUGGGGGAGGUUUUUUACACUUUUAAAGAGGCCCGCGUCAUGCGUGCAUAUGUAUGGUCGAGGGGUUUACAAUGUAAAUAGAAAAAUGAAACUGCUUUGUAUUUGUUGCGUUUCGCUGUUUGUGGCGCUCUCUGUAAUGAUCCCGUCAUCGUUUUAGCCAAAAGCAUGAUGCUCAUGACUGAAAGGAACUUGUUUCUGUUACUUUUCUCUUUGUAUCUUUUCCAGAAUGUACAAUUACAAAACAAUAAAGUGAUAACAAGGUGAA